AUGCUGUAUUUUACAACAACGUCAAAAGGUGUAAGAUAUGUCGCCCUGUUCCUGCUCAUAAUUGCCUUUGGAUUCCUUUACAGAACCACCAACAUAGACCACUCUGUUCAGUUAUGUAUCCUUAAUGUAAAAGCUCAAAGCUGUGAAUAUAUGGACAACAUAAAAAACAAUACUGACAGGCCUGAAAACAUCAACACAGUUAAUACCAAUCCAGUGGCUAUUCUAAGAAAAGGAAAUGGUAUAAUAUUUGUUGAGACUACUGACAGGAUGAAGCCACCGUCUUUGGUUUUAUGUGCUAUUGAAUCAGCUGCCCGUGUGUACAGGGACAGACCUGUGGUUUUCUUCAUGAAAGGUUUAGCAGACAUAAAUUUGGUAAAUGACGAACCUGAAGGGCGAAAGAUUUUUCCCACCCUCUCAUAUUUGGAUAAUGUCUACUUUCUCCCUCUGAAGAUGGACGAGGUUUUCAGGGACACGCCACUCUUGCCUUGGUAUAUAAAGAUAAGUCCUAAAAAGGAACAACAUUGGAUUCAUGUAAGUUCAGAUGGAUGCAGAUUAGCCCUAAUUUGGAAACAUGGCGGCAUUUAUAUGGAUACUGACAUUAUAUCUCUGCGGCCAAUCCCAAACGCGAACUUCUUGGCAGCCCAGUCUUCUCAGUUUUCUAGUAAUGGUAUUUUUGGUCUAUCUCCCCAUCACAACUUUUCAUGGAGAAGCAUGGACAAUUUUGUCCAAAAUUAUAAUGGAACAAAAUGGGGCCACCAAGGUCCGCAACUUUUUACUCGUGUCCUAAACCAGGAAUGUAUGAUCCCUCCAUUUAAGUCAACAGAGGAUGUUGUAUGUGGAAAUAUUUCUUUCUUGAAUCCUCAGAGGUUCUAUCCUAUUCCAUACCCAUCUUGGAGGAGAUACUAUGAAGCUUGGCAAGAAUUUCCAACAUUCAAUGAUUCCUAUGCCUUGCAUCUCUGGAAUUAUAUGAAUCAAGAACAAAAAUCUAUUAUUCCUGGAAGUAAAACACUCAUAGAUCAGCUCUACAAACAAUAUUGCCCUUCCACUUAUGAAGCACUCCAAAGGAAUGAGAGCAUUCACCUUUAAUUAAUUCAUGCCAUUGCUUAUAUUGCACAGAUUAUUGUCUUGAAACAAGA